AUGAGCUCCUUUUACACGGAAAAAGCUGGUUUCGACCAGUCUCACCACGAUGUACUUUCACUGUCUCGCUCAAUGCGAAGCAUGAACCAUCAAGAUCUAGGAGAUCACUCCAGUUGUAUGAGUCCUACGGAGGCCGAUGGCAAGAUGCGAACCUCUCAACGACGUCGUGUUCCAGUCGCAUGUCGACGGUGUCGAAAGAGAAAGAUCAAGUGCAGUGGUGAUGCCGGCGGUGAUGGCCAGGGAUGCUCCAACUGCCGUAGUGCUGGUGCAAAUGACUGCCAGUUCUUCCGACCUUAUCCACAUAUGAGCGCAGCAACUACGCAGUCUCCCCAGUUAGGCAUGAUCCCACAAAAUCCUCCAUCCAAGCCAAAUAUUCUCUCCAUGGAAUCACCUCAUACACGUAUGGGUGCGUUUCCAUAUCCGCUUCAGCGGACUUCGGAUUUUGAUAUAAGUGUUGCCGAUGCUCAGAUGUUUGAGCAACCCAUAAACUACACCCAGGCUUCAUCAUACGCUCCAUCCGGAGCUCUUAUGGACUAUGGGCCAGCUCCGUGGAGCCCCAAAGCGUGGGAAUCGAUGUUCAACACAGGCCGAACCCCCAAUGGGAGUCUCUACCCCGAUCCAGAGGCCAAUAUGAGCCAGUCUCCAUUUGCCUAUAUGCUUCCUAGUCAAGGAAUCUCUUUAGACUUACCAUCAGCCAACUCGGCCGCUUCUGUCAUUCCUUCGGCCGACAAUGCUCUAGGCCCAGAUCGGACCCUACCUACUCCCACGUCCAGAGGACCACAAGUACCCAGCUCAACAGCCUUCCUACCAGAUGGAGGAUAUGCUUCAGACUUCAAAGGCUCACUCUGGAGUCCACGCCAGACAGGCUCACCAGACCAAAGACCAAGUUCAACCCACACAAUUCCAAGCAAUGCCCCCUUCACCGGUAGUCCACCUCUCCAGAGCAAAUACGUUGGCAUUAACAGUACCACUCCCGAGAUGCUGUUCCCUUAUCUGCCUAUGCCUACCACAGCCGAAGACACAACCUCAGCAGCAGCGCCAUCCACAAUAAACGGGAACCCUGUUUACCCCGUUCUCGAAUUGGACUCCGAAUACCCACCUAUCCCUACCACAAGAUUAGGUCGCAGCUCUUCGCGGGAUCACGGUGCCAGUCAACAACGAUUGGCGAGUGAAUGCUCUUCCGAUAUGUAUGGAUACAGCACCGCGGGAAGGGGCAAGACCCGUGGGAGUGGCACCCUCGUCAGUGGACUCCCUUAUACUCGUGUGCAGCACCGAGACACACCUGGCACCGCAUUCCCAUUCAAUCUGAACCUGGGCUCGGAAUCCCUGUCUGAGUAUCCUCGCUCUGUGAUUGAAAACGUACACCGCCCACCUGUUGAGCCUUUGGGUAACCAAGGCUACUAA